AUGUUGCUACCAGCCCUACUCCUAUGGUUGCCGCUAGUUCUCCUCCGGAUGAGGGUAAUGGUCUCCAGGUUAACGGCGCCGAGGAUAGGUAACGACAUCGAGGACAGCGACAUCGAUAAUAGCGACACUAAAAGUAUCGACGCCGAAAAUAGCGACGCGGAGGACGAUGAUACGGACGAUAGCGACGACGAAGGGCAAGACACCCUCGGACUGGAGUCUGAAGAUGACGGUGUUUUCGACCCGGACGGAGACGAGGGAGGUCCAGAAGAUAGUACCUCUAACGAUGAGGACGACUUCGAGGCUGGAGUGGUCGAAACCAAGGGUAGCGAUACUGAAGAGCAAGAUGAAGUCGACAAUUCGACCACUCCUCAAAACGAUGAUCAGAUCUCUCCUCCUAGCGUCGAAACACCUCGUCUGGCUCGCCAACGCCUCCAAAACGCGCCAGGGACCUCGUUACCCUUUUGCUUCGGAACCCAUUCCAGCCGCCGGUUCUGCUUCGUAGGGCGAAGCGAACAGCGACAGUCUGGGCAGAGAAAACAUGAUGUGAUGUGA